CGUGAUUGAUCCGUCACGGGCGCCGCUGCUGCCGCCGCCGGGGCCGUUCUGAGCCGAGCCGGAGCCGGAGCGGGGGCGGCGCCAUUGCGCGGGCGCCGCGGGGAGAGCUCGGCGCGGGGCGGCGGGCCGGGCCAGGCCAUGCGGGCCGAGUGAGCCAGCGCCCGCAGCCCGCGGCGCGGCAUGGCUUCCCCGCGGAGCUUCGGACAGCCCGGGCCGCCGCCACCGCCGCCACCGCCGCCGCCCGCGCGCCUGCUGCUGCUCCUGCUGCUGCCGCUGCUGCUACCACUGGCGCCCGGGGCCUGGGGCUGGGCGCGGGGCGCCCCCCGGCCGCCGCCCAGCAGCCCGCCGCUCUCCAUCAUGGGCCUCAUGCCGCUCACCAAGGAGGUGGCCAAGGGCAGCAUCGGGCGCGGCGUACUUCCCGCGGUGGAAUUGGCCAUAGAGCAGAUCCGAAACGAGUCGCUUCUGCGCCCCUACUUCCUCGACCUGCGGCUCUAUGACACGGAGUGUGAUAAUGCGAAAGGAUUGAAAGCCUUCUACGAUGCAAUAAAAUACGGGCCAAACCACUUGAUGGUGUUUGGAGGCGUCUGUCCAUCUGUUACGUCCAUCAUCGCAGAGUCCCUCCAAGGCUGGAAUCUGGUGCAGCUUUCCUUUGCCGCGACCACGCCUGUCCUGGCUGAUAAGAAAAAAUACCCUUACUUCUUCCGAACUGUCCCGUCAGACAAUGCGGUGAACCCAGCCAUCCUCAAGCUGCUAAAGCACUUCCAGUGGAAGCGAGUGGGCACUCUGACCCAAGACGUGCAGAGAUUCUCCGAGGUGAGGAAUGACCUGACCGGGGUUCUGUAUGGUGAGGACAUUGAGAUUUCAGACACCGAGAGCUUCUCCAAUGACCCCUGCACCAGUGUCAAGAAACUUAAGGGCAAUGACGUGAGGAUCAUCCUGGGCCAGUUUGACCAGCAUAUGGCAGCAAAAGUGUUCUGUUGUGCAUAUGAGGAGAACAUGUAUGGCAGCAAAUACCAGUGGAUCAUCCCAGGCUGGUAUGAGCCUUUCUGGUGGGAGCAGGUGCAUACAGAGGCCAACUCAUCCCGUUGUCUCCGGAAGAAUCUACUUGCUGCCAUGGAGGGCUACAUGGGUGUGGACUUUGAACCCCUGAGCUCCAAGCAGAUCAAGACCAUCUCAGGAAAGACGCCACAGCAGUACGAGAGAGAGUACAACAACAAGCGGUCAGGCGUGGGGCCCAGCAAGUUCCACGGGUAUGCCUACGAUGGCAUCUGGGUCAUCGCCAAAACGCUGCAGCGGGCCAUGGAGACACUGCACGCCAGCAGCCGGCACCAGCGGAUCCAGGACUUCAACUACACAGACCACACGCUGGGCAGGAUCAUCCUCAACGCCAUGAAUGAGACCAACUUCUUCGGGGUCACGGGUCAAGUUGUGUUCCGGAACGGGGAAAGAAUGGGGACCAUUAAAUUUACUCAAUUUCAAGACCGCAGAGAGGUGAAGGUGGGAGAAUACAAUGCUGUGGCUGACACACUGGAGAUCAUCAACGACACCAUUAGGUUCCAAGGAUCCGAACCCCCAAAAGACAAGACCAUCAUCCUAGAGCAGCUCCGGAAGAUCUCCCUACCUCUCUACAGCAUCCUCUCUGCCCUCACCAUCCUGGGGAUGAUCAUGGCCAGUGCUUUUCUCUUUUUCAACAUCAAGAACCGGAAUCAGAAGCUGAUAAAGAUGUCGAGUCCAUACAUGAACAACCUCAUCAUCCUGGGAGGAAUGCUCGCCUAUGCAUCCAUCUUUCUCUUUGGCCUUGAUGGAUCCUUUGUCUCUGAAAAGACCUUCGAAACACUUUGCACCGUCAGGACCUGGAUUCUCACCGUGGGCUACACAACCGCCUUCGGGGCAAUGUUUGCGAAGACAUGGAGGGUCCACGCCAUCUUCAAAAAUGUGAAAAUGAAGAAAAAGAUCAUCAAGGACCAGAAACUGCUUGUGAUCGUCGGGGGCAUGCUGCUGAUUGACCUGUGCAUCCUGAUUUGCUGGCAGGCUGUGGACCCCCUGAGAAGGACGGUGGAGAAGUACAGCAUGGAGCCGGACCCCGCAGGACGAGACAUCUCCAUCCGCCCUCUCCUGGAGCACUGUGAGAACACCCACAUGACCAUCUGGCUUGGCAUCGUCUAUGCCUACAAGGGGCUUCUCAUGUUGUUCGGCUGCUUCUUAGCUUGGGAGACCCGCAAUGUCAGCAUCCCCGCGCUCAACGACAGCAAGUACAUCGGGAUGAGCGUCUACAAUGUGGGGAUCAUGUGCAUCAUCGGGGCCGCCGUCUCCUUCCUGACCCGGGACCAGCCCAACGUGCAGUUCUGCAUCGUGGCCCUGGUCAUCAUCUUCUGCAGCACCAUCACCCUCUGCCUGGUGUUUGUGCCCAAGCUUAUCACUCUGAGAACAAACCCAGAUGCAGCAACUCAGAACAGACGCUUCCAAUUCACUCAGAAUCAGAAGAAAGAAGACUCUAAAACAUCCACCUCUGUCACCAGCGUGAACCAAGCAAGCACAUCCCGCCUCGAGGGCCUGCAGUCCGAAAACCAUCGCCUGCGAAUGAAGAUCACAGAGCUUGAUAAAGACUUGGAAGAGGUCACCAUGCAACUGCAGGACACGCCAGAAAAGACCACCUACAUUAAACAGAACCAUUACCAAGAGCUCAACGACAUCCUCAACCUGGGGCACUUCUCCGAGAGCACAGAUGGAGGAAAGGCCAUUUUAAAAAAUCACCUCGAUCAAAAUCCACAGCUGCAAUGGAACACAACAGAGCCGUCAAGAACAUGCAAAGAUCCUAUAGAAGAUAUAAACUCCCCGGAACACAUCCAGCGCCGGCUGUCCCUCCAGCUCCCCAUCCUCCACCACGCCUACCUCCCGUCCAUUGGAGGUGUGGACGCCAGCUGUGUCAGCCCCUGCGUCAGCCCCACCGCCAGCCCCCGCCACAGACAUGUGCCACCCUCCUUCCGAGUUAUGGUCUCGGGCCUGUGAGGGUGGUAGGCCUGGGGCUGGGCCUCCCCCAUGACAGAACCACACAGAGCAGAGGCGUCUGCUACAGGAACACUGUCG